GGAAGGUAAUGGCGGUUAGGAACGCAGCACUGUGUUGCACACUCGUCACUCUCAUGUUGUUCAUCAUGCAGACCACUCCAAUACCUUUCACUAACGCUUCAUCUUCUUCAAAUACAUCUUCCUCUUCAACUACAACUUCUUCCUCAACUUCUUCUUCCUCAACUUCUUCUUCCUCAACUACAACUUCUUCCUCAACCUCUUCUUCCCCAACCUCAUCUCCCACAAAUAAUCAUACAAGUUCGGAAUCGCCCGGAGGGGAGGCAGUUGGAGAUGUAUCUAAGUUCUGUAAGAUUAACCGCACAGAAACUGAUACUUGUUUCCUUGGAGACAAGUUUACCCGGGGGUGCUGUGAGAAGCAACACUUUUGCUGUGGCAACGUUAAAGAUGCAGUCUGUUGUCACAAGACGUCGGAGUGUAAGUUUGACCAGUACGGAAAGUCGUUCUACUGUCACCACCAACAUUGGAUCUCCCUGACCUCCAUCCCUGCUUACUGGCUGGUAACCCUGGUAACCUACCUGGUCCUGAAUAGGAAGCUGAGGAGAAUGGGACAGAAGAGUGUGAUGGUGGGCAGCUCGGGGUUAGCUAACGGCAAUGUUCAGUUCACUGUCACUAACCCUACCUUCACUACCGCUACUUAGUUCCCUGGUUACUGGCUGGUAACCCUGGUAACCUACUACUUAGUUCCCUGGUUACUGGCUGGUAACCCUGGUAACCUACUACUUAGUUCCCUGGUUACUGGCUGGUAACCCUGGUAACCUACUACUUAGUUCCCUGGUUACUGGCUGGUAACCCUGGUAACCUACUACUUAGUUCCCUGGUUACUGGCUGGUAACCCUGGUAACCUACUACUUAGUUCCCUGGUUACUGGCUGGUAACCCUGGUAACCUACCUACUUAGUUCCCUGGUUACUGGCUGGUAACCCUGGUAACCUACUACUUAGUUCCCUGGUUACUGGCUGGUAACCCUGGUAACCUACCUACUUAGUUCACACAGUUUGUUUUCUAUCCUAAUUAUAUGAUCAUAAAAUAUACCACUAUAUUCUGUGAUUCUGCUAUAUAAUUAUUUAUAUUAUUCAACAAUUAAUUAUCCCUGCUUGUUGCCCCCUGACUAUAAAAGAUUCACUGUUAUGUAUAAAUAAUAUACUGUAUAUAUGUUUGGAUCAGGCCGAGGAACAUUUUGGAAUCUGUUAAAUUAUUUUAUAGUUUUCUGUAGAUAAGACACAUUAUUACAAUAUUAUUUAAUUCGAAGCUUAA